AUGAUUGAAUUACCAGAUUUAUUUCAUGAAAAUCGAAUUUCUGAAUUGACGUUAUCUUUGAUUCUAUACGCACCUAUUGGUCUCUGCCUUGCGUUGAUUCGUUCUCUAGCAUUAUUAUUUUUAUUUAUUAUAUCGUCUCUGCUACCAACGAGUUUAUCUCUUAAUCAAUUUCUAAAUGGUGCGAUAAGUUUUAUUUUAACAUUUAUCUAUGUUGAUGAAGUCGCACGCAAUCGCGAUGAUGUUAGUAGGAAAACAACAAAAAUCAUUGUUGCUAAUCGAGUGUCUUGCUUGGAUUUAAUUGCAUUGAGAGGAUUUUUUUCAAAUAAUAAAUGUAAAAUGGUUAAUUUAUGGAAAGAAACUUCUUGGUUUAAUUAUUUUCCAUUAAAUUUUAUGGACUCAUUUCGUACGCAAGAAGAUUUAUUUGAUUUAUGUGGCAAACAAAUUCAAGAUUCUGAUUAUCAACUUAUUUUCUUACCUGAAUGUGAACCAACAACUGGUUCUGAUGGUUUAUUAAAAUUCAAUUUAUUACCAUUUACGCUUGGAAAAAAACUUGAUCUACCUAUUCUACCAGUAUGCCUUCGUACGUCUCGUGCAUUUCAAAUUAGAACUAAUAUUUUCAAUAGUCAUCCAUAUACGGAUCUAUUCUGGUUUUUAUUCAGUCCUUAUACAAGAUUUCAUAUAAAUUCUUUAGCAAUCGUUUCCCCGACCGAUGAGUCUUCCGAUGAAGCUUUCUGUGAGAAAAUUCGAGAAAAUAUGUCUCACGCAAUGGGCAUAGAAUUGACUCAAUUUGAUGAACAACAAGUAGCUGAACUUAGAAAACGACCUGAUCUUGUUCAACGUCGACAUGCACAACGUCGUGCUGAAUUUCAACAAAUGAUUAAUAUUGUUCAUCAACAAGUACCUCUUGCAUCAUUGGAAGCUAUUCGAUAUGAUCUUGAAACAACUAAAAAUAUUCAAAGAACAAUAACUAAUUUAAACGAACGUGUCGCUGCAGCAGCUCGAGCAGCAAACAAGCCAACAUCAUCAACUACAUCUUCAUAUGCAAUAUCAAAGCCUUCCGGUGGCAGUAAUCAUCGUCAGACAUAUGAACGACUAAAACACGAGUUAAUCGAAAAGAAUCGACAAUUAUUUUUAAAUAAAAACUGUAAUUAA